CUUUUUGUGAAAUAAUUUCGUUUGUGGGUUAUCCGAAUUUUGUCUGAAUUUGGGUUGUUAUUUGAGGAAGAAAGGUUUGUUUUUUUUCUGGGGAAUGGUGGAAAUGAGGAAAUCUGGAGGUUUAAGACGAACGGAGUCUGAAUUGGCGGCCAAGUGCCGAGAUGAGCUACCGGUGAAAUUGGAGAUUGCUGAGGAUGAUUUAGAAGAAGAGCAUGCUCCUCUCACCAAACGAUCUAGGUUAUGGAGUCCUGGGACAAGCUCAUCGACAAUGGCACCAGCUAAGUAUAACCCGCUUGAUGAGCCGAGUCCUCUUGGGUUGAAUCUUAGGAAGAGUCCAUCUUUGUUGGAGUUGAUUCAGAUGACGAUAACGCAUUGUGGUGACCCUAAAGCAGCUGAAACGCUGAAAGCUGGUGCACUUGGCUCUGGUCUUAAGAAAGAAAGUAAAAGCAUUGCUGCUGCUGCAUCACUUGGACCGACUUUGGCGCCAGGAAGUAUUGAGAAGCUGAAAGCUUCCAACUUUCCUGCUUCGCUUUUGAAGAUCGGACAGUGGGAGUAUAAAUCGAGGUAUGAAGGUGAUUUGGUGGCAAAGUGUUACUUUGCAAAACACAAACUUGUUUGGGAAGUAUUGGAACAAGGUCUUAAGAGUAAAAUCGAGAUCCAAUGGUCAGAUAUUAUGGCUUUGAAGGCAAACUGUCCUGAAGACGGACCUGGAACAUUGACUCUAGUGCUUGCUAGACAGCCCUUAUUUUUCCGGGAAACAAACCCACAGCCUAGAAAACAUACUUUGUGGCAGGCGACAUCAGAUUUUACUGAUGGCCAAGCCAGCAUGAACAGGCAUCAUUUUCUGCAAUGUGCUCAAGGGAUAAUGAACAAACAUUUUGAAAAGCUCGUUCAAUGUGAUCAUCGUCUGUUCCAUCUAAGCCGACAGCCGGAGAUAGCUAUUGACUCUCCCUACUUUGAUGCGCGGCAAUCUAUUUUUGAGGAUCCAAGUGAAUCGAAAGGCCAUCCUUUUGGGAAUUUGAAUCUUAGCACAGGUCCUUCGAUUUCUGGGACUCAGAAUUUAGCAUCUCCUGUUGGGGCUCAGUCAUCAUCUGAGCAUAUGUAUCUGUCUCAUGAAGCACCAUCACCCAGCUCAGUGAUAGAUGCUCGUGCAAAUGAAGGAAUUGGGGGUUCUGAAGCAGUCAAUUCAAGAAACAGAACGGAUUGUGAUCAGAUAAAAGUACCUGGACUACACCAAUCUAUGUCGGUGAGCGAUUUCGUUGGACUUCUCUCUGAUUCUGCUGGUGGAAAUCAUCCGGAACAUAUGGAGAAAUUUGAGAUCAUGAAACAGCAGUUGCUAAGUGAUAAUAUCCAGUUCGAGGCACCAGAUGAGAAGUCUCUCAUGCCAAGGGUUAACUCUUUAUUCAACCUCUUGUACAAGGAUCCCAAUGUCGCUGCAAACUCACAGCUCAAUACCGAAAUGUCGGUUGGAUUGAAGUCUGAACCCAAGGGAAUUGUUUCUGACAACAACAACAACAACAACAACCGAGUUCUUGAUCCAGCUUCUAGCAGCAAACCACAAGGUAUGUUAAGGAAAGACUCAUUCAGCGAUUUGCUAUUACACCUCCCCCGGAUCACAUCCUUGCCAAAGUUCUUGUCCAACAUUUCAGAAGAAGAUGGUGAUGCAUAUAAUAGAUAAUUUAUAGAUACCGCCUCUCUUUUCUGGAUUUGGCAAGUAUAGGAACCUGGACUAGUAGCUUUUCUGUUUUUUUUUCUUGUAAAUCAAAAUUAUCUCUUGGU